AUGCGAACAAAUUUUAUUUCUAUUGAACAAGAGAAUAAACUAAAAGAAGCUUUUGCUCUAUUCGAUCGACUUGGUGGUGGUGUAAUUAGUAUACAAGAUCUUGCUUUUGUUAUGCGUUCUAUUGGCUAUGAAACAACACCAUCGGAAUUAGAAUCUAUGAUUCGAGAAGUUGAUCAAGAUGGUAAUGGUCUUAUCGAUUUUGAUGAAUUUAAAGAAAUGAUGAAUCGUAAAGGUGAUAGUCGAUUAGAAAUGUUUAAUGAUGAACUUCUUAAUGAAGCAUUUCGUAUAUUUGAUAAAGAUGGAAAUGGUUUUAUUAGUGAAAUGGAACUUCGUUCUGUGAUGAGUAAUCUAGGCGAGAAAUUAACUGAUGAUGAACUUAAUGAUAUGAUCAAAGAAGCUGAUUUAGAUGGAAAUCAUCAAGUUGAUUAUGCUGAAUUUUCUGCACUUGUUCGACGUCUUCUACAAAUAGAAAAUCUUUCAACAACAAUCAAUGGAACUGGAGCAUAUGAAGGACGUGGAAUUAUUCCAUAUAUUGAUGAAGAUCUCGAAGAAGAAUUUACUGAUCAUCUCAAUGACAAUAAUAGAAAGUGA